AUGUGCGAUCCUGUCUACGACCGGAUUGGCGUGGCGUGAGGCGAAUUCUCGAAGUAAUUGAGUUUUGUUUUUCUGUUUUCAGAGCUCCGAUAACCGAAGAAAUGCUGCAAGACGCACGUACAUCGCUUAGCAGACACAUCGAUCUGGAAAUGGUGCUGUUGAAGGAGGAGGAGAUGUUUAAGGAUUGGAAGCCCAUCUGGAUACUGAAAGUACAGUUCUGAACUGAAAUAUUCAGUCUAAUUUGUUUUGUUUUGUUUACAGGACACGAUACAGCCGGUCAACCCGCGCAUCCGCGUCUAUCUAAACGAGUCGUUCGACAGUUACAUCAGGCUUUACUGCGAGAGACACCAGAGUCCGACUAUUUCCUUCACUUGGCUCCGUAUCAAAGAAAUGCGACGAUACAAUCCGAUUCUUGUUUGUGAUGUCGAAAAUCCGCGUAUGAAGUUGAAGCCAAAGCUCAUUUCUCAACAAAUUCCGUUUUUUUCAGAGUGCCUCGAAGGUGGCUGGUAUCUUUUUAUCUGGUUUCCCCUAGUCUUACUCUUGCCCGUUUCACUCAUCGUAUUCUGUCUAGAGUUGGUUUUUUUUGUCGCUAGAAGUUCCUCACACAAUUCGCUCUUUUCAGAGAGAAAGAAAUUCCGCUUCCGAUGCAACUACUCUCGUUUGUGUGCGACCAGGCGGCCAUGGAUCGUUAUAUUUGGCGUAGAGAGCGAAGUCGCUUCAGAGCCGAAGACAGAGUUGUGCAACAGGAAGCGCAACCGCUAGUGCAACAAGUGCAACCAGGGGCACAAUCACAAGGUGCGCAAGUGCAACCACAAGUGCAACAACAAGAGGCGCAACAGCCAGUGCAAUCACAAGUGCAACAAGAAGAGCGCCCUCAAAUUGAACAAAUGCAAAUGGAGGAGACUAAAGAGGAACGGAAGAAAAGAGAGAAAAUUGAGAAGAAGGAGAGGAAGGAACGGGAGAAACAAAAGAACAACGACAAGAAGAAACGCGAAGAAAACGAAGAUCCGUUCCCGAAUUGCUCAGAAGAAAGGGAGGCAGAAGGCGUGAUUAUGAAUCCGAAAAAGAAAUCUGUAUUCUUCAUUGUUUAG